CAGAACAUCAGAGACUCUGUACCUGGCGAUACACCUGUUGCAGUGUCUCAAAGACAGUCAGACGUCACACAUAUAAAAGCUUUCGGUUCCAGUAGAAUUUUUCUUACCAUCUCAGUUGAGUGUCGUCUCAGUUGCAGACAAAAUGUGGGAAGAUCUUAAGUAUCUGACGGGGUUCGGCAACGAAUUUGCAAGUGAAGAUCCAAGAUGCCCAGCGUCAUUGCCUGUAGGCCAAAAUUCGCCUCAGGUCUGCCCUUACGGUCUCUAUGCAGAACAGCUUUCCGGCUCGGCUUUUACUGCUCCAAGGGAAACGAAUCGUAGAUCAUGGCUGUAUCGCAUCCGUCCAUCUGUGUUGCAUCGGCCUUUUGAACGCAUCGAUUCUAAUCAUUUGACUGUCGAUUUCUCCGCCCAUCCACCCAAUCCAAAUCAGAUGCGCUGGAAGCCAUUCGACAUUCCUACCGAUGGUCAAGUUGAUUUCGUUCAAGGUCUACGAACGUUGUGUGGUGCUGGCCAACCUGCAACACGUAAUGGUUUGGCCGUUCACAUCUAUACUUGUAAUGUCGCCAUGGAGAACAAAUCGAUGCAAAACUCUGACGGAGACUUUCUGAUUGUACCACAGCAAGGGACGCUGAGAAUCAAAACAGAGUUCGGUCGCCUUGUUGUCGCACCCAAUGAAAUUUGCGUCAUUCAACAAGGAAUUCGUUUUAGCAUCGAUGUCGAAGGCCCAUCACGUGGCUACAUCCUCGAAGUCUACGACACUCACUUCCAACUGCCUAAUUUGGGACCUAUCGGUGCAAAUGGAUUGGCCAAUCCGAGAGAUUUCAAAUCACCUUCUGCCUGGUUCGAAGAUUUGGAUGUCGAACACACCGUGAUCAAUAAAUAUGGCGGUCGUCUCUUUCAGGCCGUCCAGCAACACAGUCCUUUUGAUGUCGUCGCUUGGCACGGCAAUUACGUUCCUUACAAAUACAACCUGGCCGAUUUUAUGGUCAUCAACUCGGUCGAAUUCGACCAUUGUGAUCCUUCCAUAUUUACCGUGCUGACUUGUCCAUCUGUUCGGCCAGGUGUAGCGAUUGCUGAUUUCGUCAUUUUCCCACCUAGGUGGUCCGUGACGGAACACACGUUCCGGCCGCCCUAUUACCACCGUAAUUGCAUGAGUGAAUUUAUGGGAUUGAUUCUUGGCAAAUAUGAGGCCAAAGAGGAAGGUUUUAUGCCGGGAGGCGCUACUCUGCACUCGAUGAUGACGCCCCACGGACCGGAUGCCGCUUGUUUCGAGGCAGCGUCCAAAGCAGAACUGAAACCGGGCCGAGUGGCCGAUGGGACCCAAUCGUUCAUGUUUGAAUCGUCGCUGAUGCUGGCCGUCACCCAAUGGGCCGAAGAGACCUGUUGCAAACUGGAAAAGGAUUAUUACGAGUGCUGGCAACCCCUCAAGAAACACUUCCGCAUCGCCGAACCCUAAGAAAAGAAAAAGAGUUAGAAAUUGAUGUGGCCAAGUGAGUUUCCUGCCAGUGAUGAAGAACUGUAGUCUAGAUUAGAAAUUAUAGAAUCGUUUGGAGUGGUUCAUGUUUCUCAAGUUACCUGUAUACUCGGCAUUCGGCAUGUUAAAAAUCGAAUUAAAGUUAUUCUAAAAAUACUUAAAA